CUCGCCAAUCGACAAACAGCGCCCGACACCGACGGUGUUUCUUCGUUGUGCAUACCGUUUCGCCUCGCACGGAGCAACGUUGACUUUUGCGCGACGCGUUAAAGGAGAUUCCUCCGACGGGAAGCCGGUGUUGAUCGAUAGAAUAGAAUAGAUCGUCGCGAGUGGUAAUAGUCGCAGCAUUUAACCGUGAUAGCUCGUCACGAUGAGCGUACCAGACAAGAAAAUACAAAAUGGUACCUACGAGCUCGAAUACAAUCGUAUGCCCGAGUACAAGACGAAAUGGGAAGCAUUUCGGGAUUUCAUUCACGACCCCAACGAAGGAACCUACUGUGGCCACACGGGGAAGAAAUGGGCCAUCACUGGAACUUUCUACACUAUCUUUUUCGCCGUAUUGGCCCUACUCUUUGCCAUUUGCAUGAAAGGGCUAUUGGCUACUCUAAAUCCUGAAAGACCAAGAUGGACUCUCGAUGAAAGUUUGAUAGGAACCAAUCCAGGCAUGGGAUUCCGACCGAUCUCCGAUAAUCCUCUUGAGAAAUCAUUGAUCUGGUACAGUUCAUCGGAUCCUGCGUCCGUGCAAAAGUGGACCAGUCUGUUGGAUAUAUUUUUAAAAGAGUACACCAACUCGACUCUUUUACCAAAUGGUGGUAGAAAUCAACAGAUUUGCAGUUACGAUACACCAGUGAAGCCUGGACAUGUUUGUGCGGUUGAUGUGAACAAUUGGGGACCAUGCUCGCCCGAACAACAAUAUGGUUUCAAUAAUUCGGCUCCUUGUGUCUUUCUUAAAUUAAACAGGAUAUACGAUUGGAUACCGGAUUUUUAUAAUGACACUAAGAAUUUGCCGAAAGAAAUGCCAGCAACACUUGUUGAACAUAUCAAGUCCAUCAACAGUUCAUGGCUUAAUACCGUGUGGGUAUCCUGCGUAGGUGAAAAUCCUCACGAUAAUGAAAAUAUCGGUGAGCUGAACUAUUACCCUGAAAGUCAUGGUUUUCCAGGUUAUUACUACCCCUACAAAAAUAUUCCUGGUUACUUAAGUCCCGUCGUUGCUGUCCAUUUUCUGCGACCAGCAAGGAACAAAGUAAUUAACGUGGAAUGUCAUGCGUGGGCCAAAAACAUAAUCCACACAACACUAAAAGGCGAAAAAUCUGGAUCGGUGCAUUUCGAGCUUAUGAUCGAUGAAUGACCAUCUUCAUCUUCGUAAGAGAAACUUGAACGCAAUAAUUUGCCAAAUUAUAGGGGUAGCCGUCAUGAAAUAGAUGUUCAUAUACUGUAUAACUGGGGAAACCACUUAAGAUUCAAGGACUAUGGUGAUCAAGAAAGAGGGAUAGAUAAAGAUCGAAUGUUUAACCUUAGUCGAUGGCCGAGGGACAUUUGUAUACGUCUAGUUAAGAGUGUUGAUAUUAGUCGAAAACCAUCGUCAAUUUUAAAUCAUAAAUCAAUCCUAGCGGUCGAUCGACGCCAGAAGUCGCGACGAACACAUUGACUAAUUGAUGUCCAAUCAUUCUGCAUCGAAGAGGUUUGAAAUAUGCGUCAAACAUGUAAGUAACUGUCGAAAAUUUCUACCAAUUGGAUCUUCGAAUUCGUACAUUUGCUUCGUCGCAGUAGUUAAUUGUGUUUGUUGCGUACUAGCGAAUAUUCCUGUAAAAUAAAGUUCUCAUGGACUACUGCGGUAAACUGAAGCAUGUGAAGAAACAUAUUACCUCGUUAUCGAUCUAAGGUUGUUUACUUAUACUCUAUCGUGCAUGUGGAUCUCGUAUAUGCUGUAACUAGAUAACUCUUAAGUGUUUUACUUGGGUUGAGUAAAAGAAAAGCAUAUUUAAUGUGAUUCCUGCAUCGGUAACAGUUUAUACGUAAUUGUAGCCGGCACACGAGACAACAGAAAAUCGAAUAAUUGACAAUUAGAGAAUUAGAAGAUUAGUUUUAAGAAUUUUCAGAUUUUAACAAGUUCAGUCUUGGUUAUUAAUAAUUUUCCAGCGAGUUUUAAUAAUAUUGCUACAACCAAUUGCAAUGAUACAACGUCUAAAUAAAAUUAUUUUAGAAUUUGUCAUAUUGAAAUAACAAAUACAGGCCAAGCAACACUAUCGAAAUGCUUAUUAAGAAGCAGUUUCAUAAAUAUUUCCAUGCAUAGGAAUUGUUUUAUUCAUUAACCCAAUAAGUUGUUAGAAUUUAAUGAUUGUGAAAUAUUUUUACUAAACUUUUGGGCAAAAUUUGAUCAUUUCCUUUCUGGUAAUAUACAUAUGUUGCAAGUAAUAGAUUUUAGCAUAGCAAAAUCGAAAUUGUUCAGUGCAAGUGCUUACAAAUUUUAAACCAGUGUAAAGAAAAAAGGAUUCCAGGAUCUCAAAGUUGCAGCAUUAAACACAGGUGCCAAUAAUUUUAAGAAUUAUACUUAGGUGUAGGUACUUAUUAAAUGUAUGUACUUAUAUCGUUUAUAGUGUCCUCAGUGGAAGUUUGUUGUACUUUAUGCUGCUAAUGGUACAGAUGUAUUCUGUUUAAUAAAUGGAAACAACUUUCGAAAAUGAAUAAA